AUAUAUAUUCCCGUAUAAAUACACCAUCAGGAGGUUCCUUUAUGCUUAGACGUUUAUCUACUGCUUUAUCAUCUACUAGAAAAUACUCAAUGUCUUUACCAUCCACCCAUCACGUUGUCCUUCACGAAGAAAAUGGAGAAUACGAAGUCAUCAAAUACACUUCGGUUCCUACGCCAACCAUCACUACUCCUCACGAUAUCAUUGUGAAGAACGCCUAUGCUGGUAUCAAUUUCAUCGAAGCUUAUUUCCGUAAGGGAAUCUACAAGGCCCCAUUGCCCUACAUCUUUGGUAGAGAAGCCAGUGGUGAAGUUGUCGCCGUGGGUGAUGCCGUGAACAAUUUGUCCGUCGGUGACAAGAUUGCCUACCUUUCCCCAGGUACUUUUGCCCAAUACACCAAGAUUGAAGAUAGUCAUUUCAGACACAUCAAGUUGCCAGCUAAUGCCAGUGACGAAGAUUUAAAGAUUUACGGUUCAGUCUUCUUGCAGGGAUUGACCGCAUUAACUUUUGUCCAUGAAGCCUAUCCUGUUCAAGCCGGCGAAUACAUCUUGGUUUGGGCUGCAGCUGGUGGUGUCGGUAAGUUUUUGGUGCAAUUGAUCAGCAAUCUUGGUGCCAAUGUCAUUGCCUUGGCUUCUACCAAGGAGAAGCUUGACAUUGCCAAGGAUUUGGGUGCCAAGUAUGUAAUCAACUACAAGGAAGAGGAUGUCGUUGCUAGAGUCAAGGAAAUCACCAAUGGAGAAGGUGUUGCUGCAAGUUUUGAUUCUGUUGGUAAGGUCACUUUUGAAACCUCGUUGAACGCACUUAAGAGAAAAGGAACAUUUGUCAGUUAUGGAAACAGUUCUGGUCCAGUUACUCCCUUCCCCUUGAGUGUGUUAACACCCAAGAAUGUUAGAUUGUUGAGACCACUGUUGAACGGAUACAUCGAAACCCAACAAGAAUGGGAUUUCUACUCCAAGAAGUUGCUUGAACUCAUUGAACAAGGCAAGGUUAAGUUUGACGUUUCCAAAACUUACGACUUGAAGGAUUACGUUCAAGCAGCCAAGGAUUUAGAAGGACAAAAGACUACUGGUAAGUUAACCUUAAAGAUUCCUCAAUAGAUUUUCUUGUUCUGUUUCUUAUUUUUAUUUAGAUAAGGUAUACACUAUUAUAACUUAGCUCUGGGUAUUGUAUCGUACUGUCUUACUUUUUCGUAUUUUUGCAAGUCUUCAGGGGUAGCAACUCCAUACACGAACGUGCCUUCGCCGUUGGUUAUGAUGGCAAAGUAGAUGCCACUGUUGAAGAACUCAGCUAAUUCUUCUAACGGGGUGUCUGGGGUCAACACAUGGUACUUUUGGCCGUUUCCGGUUUUAGGACGCAAUAUUGUCGAUCUCACCGGUGUGCUUUGUUGCUUAUUGGUGUGGAACUCGGCUUCGUACUUUUGUUUGCUGUGUUGGUUGAACCAAAGCAUGUAGUUCUUAGCUAUGGGUCUGAGAAAGCUUCUCUUGAAUUUCUCCUGGUCCUUUUUGAGUUCUUCCACGUUGAGAACACCAAGGAGUCUUUUAUUAGUUUCGUGAAUCACUGGUAAGUAAGUAAACUCAUUUUCGUACGCAAUAGCAAUGGCGACGCCCAAGGGUGUGCUUGGGUUGAUGGAUACUGCUGGUGGGAUGUUGAGGUCUUCGAUGGUGGCUCCACGGUAAUCACGGUUGGCGAAUUUGGUCAUGGGUGUAUGUUGGUUGGAUGAUUGGUUGGUUGUCUGAUUGGCAGGAGUCACUUCAGAUCUUUUUUUGUUGGACCAAAAAUUUACUUUGUGAAAUUAGAAUAGUGUGGCUGGCUGGCUGCAUUUACAACAGCUAUCGAAUCUAUCUACUUCGUGUGUCGAUAGCUAGACCAGUUACAGAGUAAGUGUUUGUUUAUGG